AUCCAAUAUUUAUAUAAACAACUUUUUGCUCUUGGGAUUUCGUUACUUGCUGUCUUUGGCUCUUUGCCCAACGUUUAAUGCAACAAUGUCAUCAAUAAACACAUCAGAAUGCCCAACCGGUGAAAAAUUAUCGGCAGAUCCGAUACAAUAUGACCACGCACCGGGCAGCAGUCCAUUUUUCAAGCUUGAUCGAAACGAUUUCACAGAUUAUGUUCCUUCUCCAACUUUACCUAGCAACCCUCAUGAUUACCUAAAAAGUGUCUGGCAUGAAGCACAGAGAUGUCCUGAUGUUGUUGUUGCCAAUAUUGACCCUGAGAAGAUCAAAAGUUCAAAACCUACUUCAUUUGUACAUCAUAAACUGCCUGGUUCAGAGCAUGCACCAACUAAGCAAUGGUGCGACCAUCAAAUGGUUUCAUUCAGUCGAGCACGGGAAGAUCUAGCACGACACAUCGCUCGACUUAAAUCAAUAAAACGACAAUCGAAGAAGAGACCAAAGUUACCAAUUUAUCCUUUGCCAAAUUGGGACGAUGAACAGAAUUGGAAAUAUUUUUGUCUUGGUAACAAAUUAAAAAAGAUAUCGACACCUAUCUCUGAACAUGUUGGUGAGGAAGAUGAGGGUGAAAGUGAAGAAGAAGAAGAUCAAAUGAUGACGGAUGCAAUUGCUCCUCCAAAAGAUGAUCCUCCAUCACCAAUGAUGGGAGACAUGGAAGACAGGAUCGUUGAUCUUUCCACACUUCAGGAAGGGUACCCUCCUUUAAUGAGAAUAGUUUUAAGAAUGGAACAAAAGCACAUUGAAUCAAAUCUUGAAUUCCACAUAAAAUGGCUUAACGAAUCUGGUUUUUCAAAGCAACAGGGAAGAUGGAUUUUUACUUUGUUGACAUUACUUGAGAAACCACUGUUCCCAACAGUAGUGUCCACGUUGCGUAAUUUAUCACGAGAAUGUGCAAAACUUCGAGAUCAAAAUAGCACAAAUGAGGAAAGUUUAAACGGCCUCAACCUGAUCAUUUGCAUCGUUGGUCGGUAUUUCUCACAAUCUGACUUAUUGGAUCCAGCAUAAUAUGAAAUAUUCGUCUCAACGCUGCAAGAGCCCUACCUCGCAGAAAAUCUUCGAAAUUCAAUAAAUUUAAUGCUAUUUAUUAUAUACCAACUCUUUAAGUAUAAAUUCGACAGAAAAGUAUUGCCGUAUAUUUGCAUUGUUUUAACACUAAGUGUUGCAGCAUCAAGACGUCAUACUUUCCUUGGCGUUUUCGCACGCUUUCUUUGUGUUUGGAAUUUCACAAAUGUAAGGGUUCAUUUUAAUGCAGUUUUCGUCAUUCCAUUUAAAUUCUGGAUCUCCUUUGCUUUCUUCCACACAAUCUUCUGUGUGAUAUUGUUUGUCUGGCCGGUUCCUCGGAAAACAGUUGUAGUCCUCACCGUGGUCAUAUUUGCACACCGUUCCGUCCGCCCAGACCUUUCGUCGCUCGUAGUCCAGAUCGUCCAAACCUGGAUAUGUGUGAAAAUGAUUAAUCAAGAGAAGAGUUCUGGUUUGUAUUCCUAGGAGUUGGGUUUUGCAAUGAUAGACAAAUACUAUAAUGUAGAGAGCUUUUGCAUGAAAUACCUAGUUUUAACCAUCAACAGUUUUCGGAAACGUAGCGUGUUUACAGGACUGUUUCUAGUCCUACCUAUAAACUAAUUCUUAUUCAAAACGUUUUUACUCGUGCUCAACUUUUAACAAGUACAACGAUAUAUUUG